UCUCGGUGUCGCAUCUCAUUAAUCACGUUCAUAUACGAAGAAUUCUGUGCUCGACAAGCUUUCAUUCUGAAAUCGUCGUUGUACUCGAAAAGUACCAUAGUGCAUACAGUUCUGAAGCGCUAAAAAAUUUAACCCCUAACAUAAUGGAAAAUCUCGCCGUUGAUUCGAAGAAUGCGGACAGUAAAAAGGCAAAAUCUGUGUGUCUGGAAACUGCUCAACUAUUGCUAAACACCAUUAAUCACAUCUUCAUCGGCUUUGUGUUCAUAUAUACCGCUUGGAUCUGCUGGAAAAACGGAUUCGAGAAAGUUUUCACAUGGCAUGUGAUUCUCUGUGUUUUCGGUUUCCACGUGCUGAUGGCUGAGGCAAUUUUGCUCUUCUACUCCAGAAACAGCUGGUCCCAGGUCUUGCGACAACCAGAGCGUCGUACCGCCCACUGGGUGCUACAAGUGAUCGGUAGUGUCUGCAUUGUGGUUGGAAUAGCGCUGGAGUUCUACUGGCGCGACAUCAACAACAAACCACACUUCCACGAGACCCACUCAAUCCUCGGGCUAGUUGCGCUGAUUCUACUGAUUGUAAGCAUGAGCAACGGUAUCGGUGCUCUGUAUGCCACAGAACUGCGGAAAAGAGUUAAACCAAUUUAUCUAAAGUUCGGUCACAACUUGAUUGGUCUAGCAUGUUUCGUCAUCGGCAUGGCGUCGCUGAUGUUUGGCUACAAGAAACGGAUUUUCAAGGAGAACUCGUCACCGGAAAUUUUGACAGCGAUACAAAUUUUUACAAUUCUAGUGAUAUUUCUUAGUGUGUUCGGUGCGCUGAAAACUAUCGUUACGCAAAUAAAAGCCAUCAUUCGGUAG